AUGGCUGCCUUCGCGGAUCCAGAGUCGUCAGCGCCUACGAUGGCGAAGCAUGGCACAGAAUGGCACUCUACCUCUCUGCCAGACACCGCUGCCCCCUCGCGAGCCCCUUCCAUUUCUAACGGCGCCGAAGUUGACCUCGACCUCGACCUCAAAGCCGGUGCGGGUCUCGACGAAGACCACCACAUUCCCGGUGCGGAUCUCGAGAAACAGAAUCAGCACGCAUCAUGUAUCGAUCCAGCCACCAACAUCGUCUCAUGGGACGGACCCGAUGAUUCAGAGAGCCCCAUGAACUUUCCUCGUGCGAAGAAGUGGCGGAUUACUAUCAUGACGGCUAUUUUGACAUUCUGCUUCGGAGUCAGUCAGGAGGUAAUGAUUCUCGGCGUAUCGCUCUAUGUAGCUGGUUUCCCAUGUGGACCGCUCUUGUGGGGUCCUCUCUCAGAGGUAUACGGCCGCACGCAGCCCCUCUUCCUCGGCUUCUUCCUCUUUCCCGUGACCGUCGCGCCCAACGUAGCAAAUAUCAUGAUCAGUCGAUUCCUGGGCGGUUGUUUCGGAGCUGCUCCUAUCGCCAUCGAUAACAUCGACCGCGGGCUCGCCACAGCCGGAUUCGCAGGCGCCACCUUCUUGGGACCUAUCGCUGGACCCAUCGUCGGAGAGUUCAUCACGCAGAGUCAUCUCGGAUGGAGAUGGACGGCCUGGAUCACUCUGAUUAUGAGUGCGUUCUUUGGAAUCGUUGGCCUGUUUAGGAUACCCGAGACGUAUACGCCGAUCCUGUUGAAGCGUAGAGCGGAGCGCAUGAGACCAAGAACUGGGCAUUACACGCCCCGAUCGACGAGUCGCCCCUCAAUAUGCGCAACCUCUUGGAAAACCACCAUGCAGCCGAUGGCCAUGACCCUCUACUCCUCCCUCGUCUACUCAAUCCUCUACCUGAUCUUCUUCGCCUACCCCUUCUCCUUCCAGCUCGUGCGCGGCUGGUCAGCAGGCGUUUCCUCCCUCCCUUUCCUCGGCAUCUUCAUGGGCAUCGUCGCCUGCUGCCUCUACAUCGCCAUCGACAACAACACGCGCUUCGCCCGUCUCCUCGCCGCCUUCCCGCACCCCUUUAUUCCCGAAUCCCGCCUCCCCCCCAUGAUGAUCGGUUCGGUCCUGCUACCAGCGGGCCUCUUCUGGUUCGCGUGGACGUCCGACCCGAGCAUCAGCUGGGUGCUGCAAGUCAUCUCGGGUGUGUUCAUCGGGUGUGGCAUUUAUCUGGUGUUCUUCCCGAGUCAGAUCUACGUUGUAGAUACGUAUCUGCUGGAUGCAAACUCGGCACUGGCGACGAGCUCAUGCGUGCGGGCUGCCAUGGCCGCGAGCUUUUCACUGUUUGCAACGCACAUGUACGAGGAUCUGGGGGUGGAUUGGGCGACGAGUUUGCUUGGCUUCUUGUGCCUGGCCAUGAUGCCCUUCUCAGUUUUGUUCUGGCUAUAUGGGGAGAGACUGAGGAUGAAGGGUCGGUUUGCUUUUGCGCUGUGA